GGUUGAAUUUUCACGUGACUGACUUUUAAAUUCGCCACGAGCCGAUACUACUCGUCACAUCACUGCAUAUCCACGUGUUAAGUUUGUUCAUGAAGCGGAAGGUUCUGUGGGUUUUAGUCCAACGUUCAGCCAUGGCGGAGGGAUCUGUCUGAUCUUUGUAAAUAGUGGUGGUGGCCAGUGGCGCGCUUUCUGUGUGUAUGCUGUUUCUGUCUAACUGGUCUCUACCGGAUUACCGAUGGAUAUUUGACGUGUAACCGGCUCAUUUUGCCCCUGAAGAAGACGCUGAUACUUUGCUGCUAUCUGGGGAGUUAAUACGCUAAUAUUUUCAUUAUUAUUUUUGGGAGAAGCCACGAGCAGCAUGCUGCUCUCUAAGCUGGGCUCCUUCUCUCACAUCUCGUCCGGCAUGGAUGUGCCGGCGAAGCUGCAUCAAGUCAAAGCGGAGAAGCAGCCGUUUGAGAAGCUGUACCGACUGGGCUCGGUGCUCGGCAGCGGGGGGUUCGGCACCGUCUACUCGGCCAUGCGCCUCUCCGACGGGCUGCCUGUUGCGGUGAAGCACGUGUGCAGAGACAGAGUGACCGAGUGGGGCUCUCUGUGUGGCGCGGUGGUUCCUCUGGAGGUGGUGCUGUUGAAGAAAGUGGGCGGGGCGUUUGGCGGCGUGGUGCGUCUGUUGGGCUGGUGGGAGCAGGCGGACGGCUGGCUGAUGGUGAUGGAGCGUCCCGAGCCGGGUCAGGACCUGUUCGACUACAUCACGGAGCGCGGCGCGCUGGACGAGGCGGCGGCGCGCGGCUUCUUCCUGCAGGUGCUGGAGGCGGUGCGUCACUGCUACGGCUGCGGCGUCGUCCACCGAGACAUCAAGGACGAGAACCUGAUGGUGGACCUGAGGACCGGGCAACUCAAGCUGAUCGACUUCGGCUCCGGGGCCCUCCUCAAAGACGGGGCCUACACCGAGUUCGAUGGCACGCGGGUGUACAGUCCUCCGGAGUGGAUCCGGUUCCGCCGGUACCACGGUCGCUCGGCCACCGUGUGGUCUCUGGGCGUGCUGCUGUACGACAUGGUGUGCGGGGACAUCCCCUUCGAACAGGACGAGGAGAUCCUGAGAGGACGGAUCUACUUCAGACGAGACAUCUCCUCAGAGUGCCAGCAGCUGAUUGGCUGGUGUCUGAGCCAGCGGCCAUCUGACCGGCCGACCCUGGAGCAGAUACUCCUCCACCCGUGGGUGACGGGCAGCAACGGCGUCACGCUCCAUGCCAUCACAUCGGACUCCUCCCCCAGCCAGCAGAGCCUCUGAUUGGUCAGCGUUUGGCUGCUGGGAAGAGUUGUUGUGUUUUUUUUUUUUGUGUUUUUUUCUGUGUGCUCCACAGAGCCCCCCGCUGUUCACGGGGGACGGAGCAGCUCCUCGUAGAGACUCGACACCCGUCGGGGGUUCUGGUUCAGAGUGCCUUGAGUUUGAGAAGCUGCAGAUCGGGAGUCGGUCUGUAGGCGUUGAGGGUUCGUCAGAGCUUCAGAUAAUAAAAUACAAACCUGAAACAAAUGUGGUUCAAUCCCAGAAGAAUCCAGUUAGUUUCCAAAGAAAAUGUUCUUUUGUUUGUACAGUUUAAACAAACGAGAUGUGGCGCAGUAAUUCGUUUUAUAGUUGGGUUUCCAGUCUUUAUGCUAAGCUAAGCGGCUGCUGGUAUUCUCAUUUUACUCUCGGCAAGAAGGGACGAACAGGAUUUCCCAAAAUGUCGGAACGUUUCCUGUUCUCCGAGGAACUAAACAAGCUCCGCCCACCCGGUGAUGUCAUUGUUGAGAUGUGCUGACGUAGCGGGACACUUGACACACACACACGCACGUAGAUCUCUGUAGUCUCAGUUCUGAUACCAAAACAUGACUUUUUGAUACUUUUACUGCAUUUUUCUUCAUAACAAACUGAAGUGUUGCAUUUUGUUUGAUUUACAAACGGGCGAGGACUUUUCCUGAUUUAAACUACAGACUGAAAUUGAUCCAAAAAUAUGUUUUUUAAUAUCAGGAAACAUCUGUUCUGGUUUUCUCUGCGCCCCUCUUCAGGUAAAGCUUUAUUUUUCUACAGUGUAGGUUGAUGGAGACGGUUGGUUGAUUGUUUCUGUUGUUAAAUGUUCUGUGUUGAUACACUACGAUAUCUCAUCACGUCUUCUCUCUGCCCUCAGUCUCUGGGUGUAAAAUGCACAGUCAAUGCAAAUAUUCAGUAUUAUAUUUUUGAAUAUACUGUAUGCGUUUGUUUACAUUUGUAUAUAUUUUUUUAUAUAUAUUUUGUACAUUGUUAUAUUUCAUUAGUAAAGAGACAUUCCUCAUCAUUUGUUUAUUUAUUUAAGUUGAACUUUUCUAAAAUGUUUUUGUUUUUUGUAAUUUUUUUCCCUGAAAACGGGAAUAAAAUGAGAACCAGGAUUCCUCAGAUUCUGAUUCUGUUUUCAAAUCUACAAUUCUGACGAAAAACAAACUUUUUUGAAUAAAACUUGUGUAUAAACU